UUCAUUUUAUGAUCAUGUCAUUGGUCUGUGGACAAUUUUGACCUAGCCAUGGCGAUGAGCAUGAAUGCGAAUGGUCAAGAAAAUGGUGACGGAUACAUGUGCGUAGAUCACACAUUUCACACUCCUAGUUUUGGCGACGAAGAGUUCGAUAUUCCACCAAUUAAUCUACCGCCAACGACGCCAAGCAGCGACACUAACUCAAGUGAUGUGUAUGGGUCAACUCAGCCUCUAAGUCAUCAAGAGCAGCCUACGCAACAGCAGCAGCAGCAACAACAGCAACAACAAAACAUGAGCAACAACCACCAACAGCACCAACAAACGCAACAGCACAUCAUGUCUCCUCCUCCACAAAUGUCUCCAAGUCCGUGCAGUCCGAGCUACAGCACAUUGGAACGGUUAGGUCCCGUUAUGACUUCAGUCACCACGACCUCUUCACCCCCAACAAUGAUGACGUCGUUUUCUAAUUCACCACAACAUCAUCAACAGCAGCAACACCAUCAAGUGUCCCAUAUGCAGAAUAUGGCGCAGCAACAUCACUCGCAGCAACACCAGUAUGGCAAUCCACAUCAAGGGGAUAUGUAUAUGGUUCAGAUUGCACCUGGAAGUAUGAUGCCUCCGCAGUCGGUGCAGUUUCAUGUGCAACCCUAUGCCAUUCCUACAAGCUACGCAAAUGGACCAAGUAUGCAACAGCAGCAGCAUCAACACCAGCAGCACAUGCAUCUAGAACAGCAGCAGCACCACCACCACGGCGUGCCACAUCCACACCACGGAGCUAUGCACCACUCACAGCACCACCCCCACGGCCACCCCCAACAGUUAUUACCUCCUUCACCCCUGCUGCAACUACAGCUGGGCGCUGGUCCAAGGAUGAGACCUGGAUCUGUUGGCUCUUCCCCGCCAGGAUCCACGCAUACGUCACCAGGCUUGGAGACUAGCGAAGACAGCGACGACAGUGGUCAUCUAAAUCAGGUGCUGUGUACCAUGAAACGACCAUCACCAGAACCGGUUGAAAGGCCAUCUAGCGUUGGAAAACCAAUCAAAAAACCCAAAGUUCAAAAGAAGAAGAAGAAGAGGGAUCCAAAUGAGCCCCAAAAGCCCGUGUCGGCGUACGCAUUGUUCUUCCGUGAUACACAAGCCGCCAUUAAAGGCCAGAACCCAAACGCCAGUUUUGGAGAAGUGUCCAAAAUAGUCGCUUCCAUGUGGGAUGGACUUGAUCUUGACCACAAGAAUGUUUACAAGAAGAAAACAGAAGCAGCGAAAAAGGAAUACUUGAAGGCUCUUGCUGCAUAUAGAGCAAGUUUAGUGACUAAAGCUGCCAAUGAUCAGUCGGACAAUAUUUAUGGAGGUGGGGGUCCGAAUGGUAGCACGCCAACAUCUAUGUCGUCACCUAUGGCGCCAAUGCCGGGACAAACCCUCUCACCCUUGCAAAAGAAAUCUCCGUUGCUGACGUCACUUAUGGAAGGGACACCGGUGUCCAGUCUACAGAACAUGACGAAUUCUCAAUCCCUUAUUAUGGGCCAGAGUCAAAUGAACGGCGGCCACCACCCGCACAUGAUUCCACAACACCUUCCUCAACAUUCGUCGUCUGCGCCAUCGCACCAGUUGCUUCACCAGAUGCUCUCUCCUCAGCAGCAGCAACAGCAGCAGAUGAUGCAUAUGGGCUCCCCACCUCCCCCGCACGUGAUGCAGCAGCACAAUAUGCAAAUGGCAGCACUCAACGGAGGAAGUCAAAACAACAACAACAAUACUAUUCCGUACACUUCGAACAUGUCUCCACAGUUGUCUCACCAAGGACAACAACAACAGCAGCAACAGGGCAUGAUGUGCACAUCCCCUCUCCAGAACAGCUGCCCCGGUGGCGAAGCUCCUCAGCAGGAAUGGGACAGAGACUACUGUAAUAACGACUGUGUGGUUUCCCAUUGCAGGGAUGUCUUCACAACGUGGGUCGCCUCAAGACCGCCACAGAACUCCUACGCUUCGGUCAAGUAAAACCCUACAAAAGAAAACGACUCAUUCUCUUCGCAAAGAUUGGUCACGUGACCAUCAACAAAAACGAAGCAAUGGGUACCAGAAGGAAAGAUAACAAAAAUAACUUAAGCAUCGACUGCAAAAAAUAUAUAGAUAUAUAUAUACAUACAUAUAUAUUUCCUGAACGUGGAACGCACAGAUGCAGAAAAAAUCAUAACUAAUUGUAAAAUGAGCAACAGUUAAUUUUUACGACCUCGAUACGAAGACUUUAUACCGCUUGUUGAGGUAUUUUUUGUGAUUUCUGCUGCGUUGAGGAAUAAUUCAGAAUUUCUAUGACUAUUUUUCUCACUACAGAGACUCAUCAACCGACUAUUAGGUAGAAGACUUUUAAGUAGUCUCUUUGUCAUUGCAUCCGAUACAACUCUUACUACCAAUUCCGUGCGUUUGUAUUAUUUUGUAUUUAUGCCUCACAGUAAUACAAUGAACUGUCAUGUACACAAAUAUGUACGAAGGACACAGAUGAGUUUGUUCAAGAGAAGAUGUUUAAGUCUGUACUUACAGAAUCGAUUGAUGUUUUGUUGCGAGUUUUCCGAUUUCUGUUUUUCGUAUGGCAAUUUUGUUUGUUACAGUAACUGCAGUUGUUGACUAUGCAAUUUUAAAUAGUUUAGUAUAUUGUUUAUGUUUCUAAAAUACCUUUACUGAGUUUGUUUUCUUGUUUGUGUUACUUUUUGAUUAUUCCCUCAAAUAGGUCCCCUUUUAUUCCAAUUUCACAUGACUUUUCAACAGUGUACAAAGUACUUUCGUUAUGAUCACAGUAAAAGAGAAAAAUUAAAAAGUAGGAAAUAUUUAUUAUUUAAGUUAUAAUGCCUCAUUAUUUAUUCAUAUCAUUUAAAACAUGCAUCAAAAGUUUUCAUUUUACUCAUUAUGCAUUUAUUUUGCUGUAAAUCUAUUAAAAAUGUCAACAAGCAUUGCUUCUUAAACAAUAGACUAUUUUAGGAUUUUUCUCUACACAUUAAUUCUUUCUUUGUAAGAUGUUUAAUUGUAUAAAGUGCAUGAAAUAAUUCCAAAAUUAAAUGCUUUCUUGGUACUUUUCUUUUAUUUAGUUUUUUCGGAGCUCAAGUCACGAUUAUAUCUCAAACUGCGAUAAAUUAAACAGCUUCCUAAUUCAUUUAAGUUUUUUUGUAAAUGAUAUUUUCUCGGUCGCAUCACUUUCAUCAUUUCAUUCAAGCUCAUCGAAGUUUCCAGAAAAAAAACAAGAUGCUGAUGAUCAUAGUAAAGAAGUUUAUCGCAAUCUGUUUCUAUGUAUAUAAUUAUAAAUAUUUAAAGCCAAUUAUAUCAAUUACAAAAAAAAAAAGGAAUUCCUAUGGUGUACAUAGUAUUUUAGCAUAUAUGAAGCAAAUUCAGUUAAUGUAAACUGUUAUUGACUGUCAAUUUUUUAACUAAAUGUGUUCUCUAAAAAAUUCAGAUUGAAAAAAAAAGUCACAUUUUUUAAACACGAACAUAGACAGUAAACAUUACCAUAAAUUCAUUCGCCAGCAUAAUUUUUGUGUCCAAAAAGUUGGAUUUCUCAAAUUUCCCUUACAAAUAUUACAUUACUAACAUUUGAUUUAAUUACAUUAAUUUAAAAAUACAAAUUGUGAGAAACCACAGUAUUUAUUAAUAUUUAAAAAAUGUUCCAUUGUAAGGAAAAAAAUGUUUAUUAAUGUAAGUUAUCAAGUUUUAUGAGAAAAUCUUUGUAUUUAUUAAUAAAAAAUGGAGCAUUUUUAGAAAACGCUUCAUUAAAUAAUGUAAAAAAAGAAACAUUUGGGGAAAACGCUCUAUUUAUUACUACAUAAAAAUGCAAAAUGUUGACAAAAUCAUGAUAAGUGUGAGCAUUUUUUUGUGUCUAAGAGCAAGAAAUUUUAAGCACUUUUUCUACACAACAAAAAACUUUUUUAAAACUUAAAAGUAAAACAAAUUGCUUGAACACAAUUACUGAAAAUAUUUUAAACAGAUCGGAAUCUAUGUGUAAGAACCUUGUUUGUUUUGUCAUAAUUUUCUAAUUCUAAGACAAAGCAAGGAAUAUUUAUCCUAUUUGAAUAUUAUCCGAAUUUCAAAGUCCUAACCGAGCAAAACAGUUCCUGAUCGAUGCUUGAUGCUAAAACGCUAUGUAGCAGACGAUGUUAUUGCAACUACAGUUCAACUUAGAACGGCGGUGACGCUUUUGGUUUCGCAUUUACUUUCACUUUUAAAUGUACUGCUAUCAGUAUGUUUACAUGUAUAAACAAGUUCUUUAGUACAAUUUGUAAAAACGCACGCGUAUAUGGCGACGCUAUCGUUUACACAAAGUGUGCAUAUUUUAAGUAAGAAUGUUUUUUGUUCCACAGUGGUGUGGGGAUUCAAUCAAAUCUUUUCCAAAUGAUGUUCUGUAUGUAGAUUUGUAGGUAGUUUCUAUAGUUCAAAUGUUGUAAUAAUUGUUGAGAACUAUAGAAACUUUUGUGAAUAAUGUAUAUGCCUAAUAGAGCAGCUAAUGAAAGUGAAACAUUGAUUAUCUUAUAAACUAUUCUUUUACACUUUUGUCUUACAAUUGUUUCUCAAAAAAAAUCUUUUUAAGAACCAAAACUUAUACAGUGAUAAGUCACAAUUAAAAUUACUUUUUUUUAUAAAAAGAGAAAUUACGUAAUAAAAAUCCCGGACAACUUAUAAAAAAUGUGUUGGGAGAAUGUGCUAAAAUUCCUUACGGUCAUUACAUUUAGUGCAGUUCCAGCCAAAUUUUCACCAAUCUUGUCAAAAGCAUUGCUUGGCGACAUUUUACUGGCUUGGUGAAAAUUAUCGCCUGAUUUUUACAAAGCUCAAUAUUUCUACGCUUCUAAUUUCUAUUCACUUUUGUUUUUCAUUUUAUUUCUUUCUUUAGUAUUACUAUAUUUAGUUUUUGAAAAGUAUUUUGGAAUUCUGAUACACUAGUAAUCCCAAACUUAUGCCUGUUAGAGGAAACUAGACGUUGAGGCACUAACGUAACUUUAAAGAAAAAAUUUGGUAUGAUUGAAGAAGAAAAGCUACUUUUUAAAUUUUUUUAAUCGUAUUCAAGAAUUUUGAUCAUUGAAUGCUAAAUACUUAAUGCGUACAAGAAAACAGUUGUGGCUAAUAAUCUAAUUUAAUCAUUAAAAAUGAUGUCAAAAUAUUUAUUAAAACUUUUGAAGCAGAAGUAAAUGGUACAGAAAAAAAGCUAUUUCUUACUAUAUAACCAUUGGAAAAAAAAGGGAAUGCAUAGUAAAAAAAAAAAGACAAAUAAUUUAUUAACUGCUUUGCUACUGACUCUGUUUAAUUCCACAUUUGAUAUUUAAAAAUAAUUAAACGUUCUUCAAAUGGCAGAAAUUUUUACUAAAUUACCAAACAUUUCCUCAGCAAAUUAUAUCACCAGACACAUUUUUGCACUAGGAAACAGUGAACUAACAAUUAUAAUUUUUUUUAUCUACGUUUUGAAUGUGGGGAUAAAAUCGAAAUACACUUAGAAUUGCUAAACUUUUUUCUCUAUUGCUAUUAUCAAAUAAUAAUAACAAUAAUAAUAAAUGAACAAAUAAAUUUAUAAAUAUGACAAGUAUUUAAAAUUUUUAAUUUCAACAAACUUAUCAAAAACGUUCACUGUUGAAAUCAGUUCACAUUUUCAUUUUGAAAAUAAAACAGUUCUAGGUUUAUAUUUUGAUUUAAAGAAAUAUUUAAAUUUGUUAACGAAUAUUAUUUCGCUUAAUACGCAAUAGAUUUUUAUUUCAUAAAAAGAUCAUCGAAAAUUAUAUAACUUCAGAAAAAAGACUUAACUGAGAAAGAAUUGAAAAAAUUUAAUUUAUUUUUUGUCUUAAUCACGCCUAAUUUGAAAUUAUCCAUUUUCAUUAAAAAACUAUAUGAAAACUGCACCCCGUAUUUUUUAAUUUACGAACGGUUUUGAUAAAUCCUACUUAAUUUUCAUUAAGUGCUUGCUAUAAAUUUUAUUUUACAUCAAAAAUUAAAUUCAGAAAUUUUACUUCUAUGUAAAAAAAGCCCUGCGAAUAUACUUUUUUCUCUUUUGAAUCUAAAUUUAUGGAUAGCUGCUUUAUUAUGCUGUGCAUAACUUCAGAUGAAUUUGAAUUGAUAUUAAUUUUUCAAACAAAGGCAGUUUUAGUGUUUGCUUAAAUAAAUCUUCUUUGCUAAAAAAUUAAUUAUCUUUCAUUUUCGCGUAUCUUUAAGAUGCAUAUGAUGUUACAUGUGUGAAUAAAUUGUAAGUCUUGUAUUUAAGUGAAAAAUUGAAUAAUAAAAAAAGAACAUGUUA